UCCUCUCCCCACAAACUUCUUCACGUGACUCUCCUUGCAGCCCUAAAGCAGGCCGACAGCGAGGGCGAACUGAACCGCACCGACAGUUUAAGCUCGGCAGGGAGCAGCAGUACGCUUGCCUCCUCGGUCAUCCAGAUGGAGUCGGAGCAGAAUCCCGAGCGAGUACGAGAGGAGGACAAUGAUGACGAGGAUUUGGCUGCCCUCUGCACUACCCCGACUCUGUCCAUAACAGAGGAGAUACUGGAGUUCAUUAACCAGAGUCGAGCAAAGGAGGGGCUGCUUUCCAUGGAGCAGAUCCUGGAUGAACCCUCCAAGUUACAGCCUAAUGAAAGUAACUUCACCUGCCCGCUGCCUCCACUUGCCACCAACCCGGAGGAGACGCUCUUGCCGGACUCCCAGGAGGAAGUGGAAACUCAUCAAGACAAAGCCGCUGAAACGCAGACGACUUCAGACUGUCCAGAUGGACUUGACAGUGCUAAUGUGAUCGCUGAGAUUGCAGAAGAUGGAUUGCGCGCAGAGGAAGAGCAAGAAAUGGAUAUUAGAGAAAGAUCAGAAGAUGAGACAAAGACUAUGACUACACUGACCCCACCCAGUCCUGCAACAGAACUUCUUCCCUCAGUCUCACACAGCGAGUCCAGCAAUUCCUUUGUGAAUCCAGUGAACUGUCAUACAUCCAGCCCAAGAAGCAAGGUCAAAAGAGGCUCUGCUCUGACAAGACGUGACAAGAGGAUCAUUGAAAAGAUCAGAAGUUACUACGAAGCAGCAGCUGAACUGGAAGAGGAAGAAGAGGUGGAAGAUACCGAACCAGAAGAAGACGAGACUUCUACGAAGAGAAACGGUUUCUCGCAAAUCCCUAAUGAUUCUGUGUCACAUUUCGCAUGUGACAGUCAAGAGGACAACAAAAACGAACCCGUAGAAACGGAGACAUGUCACGAGGGCGAGAUCACGCCCUCGGCUGGUCCAGCUCCUACCGCAUUACCAGAAGAUUCUCACGAUGGAUCUACUAAUACGCCGAUACACAUCAUUGAUUCGGAAGCCAAAGACGAAAGUCUCUCUGAUAAAUCACCAAUCUCCACCCGGAUGGAAGACAAUGAAGAUUCAGAGGAGCUUCUUCUCAGUCUUCCGUCAACUGGCGUCCAGCCCAGUGAAGUUGAAAAGAAAUCAGAGGAAGGAUAUGGAAAUGUCUGCAGCAACAGGUCAGAGGAAGAACUGAAUGAGGGAGCAGAGGCUUGUAAGCAAGUUGAAAAACCAAAGCAAGGAAAUGGACCUUCUCCAGAGAGUGUUCCUCUAGAGACGACGAGAACACAUCAGUCUGAAUGCACUCAAAAAGAACUAAAGGAAAGUCUCAAAGAAUCCUCAAAAACUGUUCCGCAAACAUCUUGGACUGGAAGAAAGCAUAAAGAUCUGAAGACCGCUAGAAACCUCCAAGAAGUUCCCAGUCAAAUCAAACUCGGACGAGGUUCCCGACAGUCUAGGAUCGUUUCGACUAACCGGGCCUUCUUCGAGGGCAUGGUUUCAGACAUCACGGGAAUCGGGUUGUUCGAAGCCAGCCCCGUGGCAGACCCCUCGCUGAUGCAGAACUCUGAGCGGAUCCUAAACAAAGUCCAAACUCUUGCCAACAUGUACAGCGCCAAAGUCAGCAGCAUGAAGGUUCCCUUGCAUCAAAAGCGGGCCAUUUCUGUCGGGAACAAAACUGGAGAUUUGACCGGGCAGGCUUCUGCUAAAGGUAGGAUGGAAAUGAAAAAACAAGGAAAAUGUCACGUUCCUACUGAUGAUAAGCCCGAACCAAAGUCAGACUCACAGACGGAUGGCAAGAAUGAAUCCCCGAGGAUCUCCCAGACCAAAGUCCAGAACAACCCUGGCACUCAGACAAAGAACACAGUGCACGGACUUGCUAAAGCAGAGAUGUAUGGACACCAGAACCAGAACAACAGCAAGAACCAGAAUCGCACCAUAUGCCAGGAUGACAAAAGCAGCCUUGAUGUCCAGAAGAUGGCACCAUCAAUUGAGCAGCAAAACUCUCCCAAUCCACUUGAAAUACGUGGAUUCCCCCUCUCCAGACCUAGAGACUUCAUCGCAGCACUUAAGCAAGAACCAGCUCACGGUAGAGUGGAUGAUAAGCAUCAGACAUCCAUCACAGCGGAGACGCCAUCGAGAACUUCAUCCGGUUCUGGUUUCGGAAUGAGUAACACCCCAAAGUUCGAACGACAUAUUUACACAGAAGACACAGGGCCUGUAAACAACAUUGUUCAACAUUCCAGCCAGUCUUCUCAGAGAUCACAUUGGAAUGCUUCCAAAGAUGAUGAUGGUCAUCACCAAUAUAAACAGGAUUUACCAGCUGCGCGAGGCAAAAGUGGACUACCGUCCCACAUCCCUGCAAGACAUGUUCAAGAUCAAAAAGAUUCAAACCCGGGAGAGAUGUUCCUGAAGUUAGCAUCAGCUAAGAGCCCGAUAUCCCCUCAACACGCUACUCUAGGUCUUUCAGGAGGGUCAAACAAGGAUCUAUCAACAAUUGAUAAGACUACGUUGAAUAGUUGUUCACCACAACAAUGGACUUCUUUGACGGAUGUGAGAGAACCACAAGUGCAUCCAAGUUCAGUGUCAUCAUUGCAAGUCCCUCAGGCACUGGAUUGUCAGCAAAAAUUCCCCAGACAGAAGCCAGAGGAAUUCCAGUCCGUGACUAAUACCUGGAAAGUCGUCAACACCACUCCAAAUGAAAAUAGGAAAGCAGACAACCAGAGUCCACGUCAGCCCACCAGCCUGCCCAUUUUUACUCUCCACUCAGGACCCUGCUCUCCUCCCAGAACCUCAUCAGAUAUCUUCUAUCAGGGGGAGGAAUCAAGCCCGCCUAACCAGGACACACGUUUCAAACCUCUUUCCUUCAGACAGAGCAUUGGAGCUUCUCCAACUUCACCGAACACGCCCACUUGCUCCUCCCCAUUCCGGGCGAUUCCGUUAUCUUCUCCCACCCAUAUAACGAGUGAGGCUUUUGUUUCCCCGGAUGACGUAUCUAGAACCAUCUCUUGUUCCUCUGCUCCUCUGUCCAUGGUAAGGAGUUUCCCCACAGUGGCUCCUACACCCUCAUCCAAAGGACCUUCCCUUCGCUCUCCACCUUGCUCCUCUCCAGUUACACCUUCCACCUCCUUCACAAGAUCCUUAGCCGCCUCAUGUAUCAGUAACACCCUAGCAAAAAAGAACAAUCCCAGGCAUCAACCAAGUCCCUUCACCUCACCGUCCCUACAGUCUCCUCAUCUGCGACGGUGUGCCCCGUCGCCAACGGAAGUGACCUCCAACGGGAAUCCAUCCUCUCCUCUUAGAAACCCUUGUCUUUCCCCAUCAGUUCACCCAAGCUUUCCCUCAAACUCCCAAAUCUCUUCUUCACCAAGGCAGAGUCACUAUUCCCCUCAGUCCAGCACAUCAGGUCAGCCUCAUCACUCCCUAAGUUACAACUUCUCACAGAACACCAAAAAUCCCAGUUUACUUCCAACUCCACUCAAGUCGCAGUUGGCUAACGCGAGUACCGGCGUGGAACAAACUACCGACCGUCCGUCCUUCGUCUCGCACAACCGCAUCGCCCGACCAUUUUCUGCAUCUGAACCGAACUCAAGAGUCCAAUCCCCGUCCCCCACAUCCUUCACGCGUCUCUGCUCUCCUCCCCCUCAGUAUCAUUACGCCUCGACCAUAACAGACAAACCUCCCAACCCCAGAAGCUCACGGACCGGAGGGGCAAGUUCCCAUAAUCCUUUAGGUCUAGCUCUGGAGAUACCCGAGGCCUCCUCAGCAAGUGUGAGUCCUCAAAUCUUCUCUCCGCCUGCUAUCGGUGUGCCAGUUUGGUCUUGUGAUAUUGCGGUGCCCCAACCCAGAAAUCCGCAAUCCCGUUCAGAGAUUGCAAAAUCUUCCCAUUCCGGAUCCCCUCAAAAGUCGCAGGCGCUGCGAAGGUCUCUCUCUAACCUGUCAGAACCACCCACAAGCCCGGUUCAAAGUCGACCCGUCGGACCGCGUUACCAAGUAGAGAAUAGCUACGGCGACGAUACCUUUGAGAAGCGAGGAUCUAGAAAAGGAUGGUCAUGUGAUGGUUCGCCAGCUUUCCUUCAUUCUCAAAGUGGAAUCCAGUCUCAAGUCCCUCCCACUUUAAGUCCAUCCCACAGAGAACAUGGCCUCGGUGCCGAUACCUUUGACAUGCAAGGAUCUAGAAAGGGACGGUCCUGUGUUGGUUCGUCGGCUUUCCUUCAUUCUCAAAGUGGACUCCAGUCUCAAGUCCCUCCCACUAUAAGUCCCUCCCACAGAGAACAUGGCCUCGGUGCAGAUACCUUCAACAAGCAAGGAUCUAGAAGCGGAUGGUCCUGUGAUAGUUCCCCAGCUUUCCUUCGUUCUCAAAGUGGACUCCAGUCUCAAGUACCUCCCAUUUUAAGUCCCUCCCACAGAGAACUUAGCAUCAGUCAACCUUGGCUGGAUGGUAAAGAGCUCUGUCACAACUAUAACGGUAACUUCACCGCUAUCAGGUCUUCUUCUUCGCCAACCUUCCCCUCCUCUACAGCUACAGAUUGGGGAGACCUCCAACAGGAACAAGGGAGCUGUCGGAGCCCAGUUCAAAGUCGACCCGUCGGACCGCGUUACCGGGUCAAGAGUAGCCACGCUGCCGAUAUCUUUGACCAGCGAGGAUCUAGAAGGUCCUGUGAUGGUUCGCUAGCUUUCCUUCAUUCUCAAAGUGGACUCCAGUCUCAAGUCCCUCUUACUUUAAGUCCCUCCCACACAGAACAUACCAUCAGUCAACCAUGGCUGGACUAUAACUCUACUUCUUCGCCAACCUUCCACUCCUCUACGGCUACAGAUUGGGGAGACCUCCAACCGGAACAAGGGAGCUGUCGCAGCCAACUGAUUUGCGCCUACGUUGGCGGACCUCCUCAGCAACCUGACUUUGCCCCCUCCUGCGUGGUCCUAUCCUUGCCUCCGGCCAGCCACCACCAAAUCUACCAGGUCCAGUUGCAAGAAGCCCCAAACGUCGGACCUUCCGCGUCAACCACAUCCUGUCCGUCUCUGAACAAAGCCUCUAAUCAGAAGACCAGCUACGCCACUACCGUCAACCUGCAAAUAGCCGGAAGCGGUCGAAUCACUUCCUUCAGCACUGCCCACGUAAGCGUCAGCCAGACGCCGCUCGGAGAACUUCCACGGCCCAGACGAGUGAGCGUCAACGGAUUGUCAUACGCUUCUUCUCCAGUGACUCAGAACUGUGGCCGGUUGUGAGACAGCAUCUAGCGCAGGGUUGUCGGACCUAGCGGCCCAUUAGGAGGUCCGACCCGCGGGUUGUUCAGCCUGCCAGGCACGUUGUAGCUCAUUCAUACUGUACAUACAAAAUUGCAUGCUUUUAUUUUGACAUUGGCGCUAUAAAACUGUAGACUACGUCACUUGGCUCACUUUCGUGUCUGCAGUUACGUUUGUUCAUUCGCCCCCUCCCAGUCAUCAUGGAUUGGAAUUCUAGCACCGUCAAUGGCAGCCAAUGAAUUGGCAAGGAACAGGCCCAAAAAUGCCGAACCGCAGACAUGUGGGUGAUAGCUAGCGUGUUGCUUCUUGCUGUGCUUUCACAAGAGGCGCAGGUUCUUCACACCUUUUACUUAUAGUCAUCAAAACAUUUUAACCGCUAACUGAUAACAGAUUUGUAGAUAUUUUUGGCCGAUAGAUCCUGGCGGCAACUUUUCGUUCGCAUAUCUAGCCGAAACGAACAAAGACUGACGGCAAAUCAACAGAAAGUAUCUGGAAAUGCCCUAAAAUUAACAGAUAGGGACCAAUGAACAGGAAGUGGCCCAGAAAUGCCCCAAAAUCAAUAGGAUAUGAUCCCAAAUUUACAGGAAGUGAGUACUAAAUGCACCAAAAUGAACAGGAAGUUAUCGGUUAUCAACCAUAAUUGGCCAAUAAAUAUGCAAAAAAAUAAACAGGAAGUGACCAGUAAAUGCUCCGAAAUCAACAGGAAGUAAUCUAAAAUAAACAGGAAGCUACCCAAAAAAAACAGUAAUUGAUCCAUAAAUGCCACAGCAUCAACAGUGACUCCUAAACACGCCAAAAUUAAUAGGAAGUGACCCAUAAAUUCCCCAAAUCAACAGGAAGUAACCCAACAUGAACAUGAAUUGACCCAGAAAUACCCCAAAACCAACAGUAAGUGACCCUCAAAAUGAAUUAAAAUUAAAAGGAAGUCACCCAUGAAUGCCCCAAAAUCAGUAGGAAGUGACGCCUAAAUGCACCAAAAUUAACAGGAAGUGACCCAUAAAUUCCCCAAAUCAACAGGAAGUAACCCAACAUGAACAUGAAUUGACCCAGAAAUACCCCAAAACCAACAGUAAGUGACCCUCAAAAUGAAUUAAAAUUAAAAGGAAGUCACUCGUAAAUGCCCCAAAAUCAGUAGGAAGUGACGCCUAAAUGCACCAAAAUUAAUAGGAGGUGACCCGUUAUUGCCCCGAAAUAAACGGGACGUGACCAAAAAUCAACUAGAUGUGACCCAAAAUAUAAACCCAGAAAUGCCCCUAAAUGCAACAAAAUCUAUAGGAAGUGACCCCUAAAUGCCACAAAAAUCCACAGAAAGUAACUCAAAUGAAACAACAAUUGACUCGGAAAUGCCCUAAAAAUCGACAGUGACUCCUAAAUACACCAAAAUUAACAGGAAGUGACCCGUAAAUGCACCAAAAUCAACAGAAAGUAACCCAAAAUAAAGAGCAAUUGACCCAGAAUACCCCAAAAUCAAAAGUGACCCCUAAAUGCACCAAAAUCAAUGGGAAGUGACCCUUAAAUGCACCAAAAUUAACAAGAAGUGACCCCUAAAUGACCCAAAAUCAACAGAAAGUAACCCAAAUUAAACAGGUAUUGACUCAGAAAUCCCCCCAUAUUAACACCUAAAAGCACCAAAAUUAACAGGAAGUGACAAGUAAAUGCCCCAAAAUCAACAGGAAGUAACCCAAAAUAAACAGCAAUUGACCCAGAAUGCCCAAAAAAAUCAACAGUAAGUGCACUGAAGUGCACAGUAAUUGAACCAGAAAUGCCCCAAAAUCAACAGUGCCCCCUAAAUGCACCCAAAUUAACAAAAAGUGACCCAAAUCAAGGGGAGCUAACCCAAAACGAACAGUAACUGCCCCAGAAAUGCCCAAAAAUCAACAAUGACCCCUAAAUGCACCAAUAUCCACAGGAAGUGACCACUAAAUGCCCCAAAAUCAACAGAUCGUAACCCAAAUGAAACAGCAGUUGACUCAGACAUGCCCCAAAAUCAACAGUGACCCCUAAAUGCACCAAAACUAACAGGAAGUGACCCUUGAAUGCGCCAAAAUCAACAGGAAGUGAUCCGUAAAUGCCCCAACAUCAACAAAAAGUGACCCAUGUCAAGGGGAGCUGACCCAAUAUGAACAGUUACUGACCCAGAAAUGCCCCAAAAUCAAAAGUGACCCCUAAAUGCACCAAAAUCCACAGGAAGUUCCCACUAAAUGCCCCAAAAUCAACAGAUCGUAACCCAAAUGAAACAGCAAUGGACUCAGAAAUGCCCCAAAAUCAACAGUGACCCCUGAAUGCAAAUUAAAAGUGACUCCUUAAUGCACCAAAAUUAACAGGAAGUGACCCAAAAAUGCCCCGAAAUCAACAGGAAGCAACCCAAAAUAAACAGCAAUUGACCCAGAAUACCCCAAAAUCCACAGUGAUUUAAAAUGAUCAGUAAUUGACACAGAAUUUCCCAGUCAACAGUGACUGCUAAAUGCCCCAAAAUCAACAGGAAGUGAUCCAUAAAUGCCCCAAUAUCAACAAAAAGUGACCCAAGUCAAGGGGAGCUAACCAAAAAUGAAGUGUAACUGACCCACAAAUGCCCCAAAAUCCACAGUGACCCCUAAAUGCACCAAAAUCCACAGGAAGUGACCACGAAAUGCACCAAAAUCAACAGAUCGUUACCCAAAUGAAGCAGCAAUUGACUCGGAAAUGCCUGAAAAUAAACAGUGACCCCUAAAUGCAAAUUAAAAGUGACUCCUAAAUGCACCAAAAUUAACAGGAAGUGACCUGAAAAUGUCCCAAAAUCAACAGGAAGUAACCCAAAAUAAAUAGCAAAUUACCCAGAAUACCUCAAAAUCAACAGUAAGUGACUUAAAAAGAUCAGUAAUUGACACAGAAUUUCCCCAAAAUCAACAGUGACCCCUAAAUGCACCAAAAUCAACAGGAAAUGACCCUUAAAUGCACCAAAACCAACAGGGAGUGAUCCGUAGUUGCCCCAUAAUCAACAAAAGGUGACCCAAGUGAAGGGGAGCUAACCCAAAAUGAACAGUAACCGACCCAGAAAUGCCCAGAAUCAACAGUGACCCCUAAAUGCACCAAAAUGCACAGGAAGUGACCACGAAAUGCCCCAAAAUCAACCGAUCGUAACCCAAAUGAAACAGCAAUUGACUCAGAAAUGCCUGAAAAUAAACAGUGACCCUAAAUGCAAAUUAAAAGUGACUCCUAAAUGCACCAAAAUUAACAGGAAGCGACCUGAAAAUGCCCCAAAAUCAACAGGAAGUAACCCAAAAUAAAUAGCAAAUUACCCAGAAUACCUCAAAAUCAACAAUAAGUGACUUAAAAUGAUCAGUAAUUGACACAGAAUUUCCCCGAAAUCAACAGGAAGUGACCCUUAAAUGCACCAAAACCAACAGGAAGUGAUCCGUAGUUACCCUAAAAUAAAAAUAAAAAGUGACCCAAGUCAAGGGGAGCUAACCCAAAAUGAACAGUAACUGACCCAGAAAUGGCCAAAAAUCAAUUGACCCCUAAAUGCACCAAAAUCCACAGGAAGUGACAACUAAAUGCCCCAAAAUCAACAGAUCCUAACCCAAAUGAAACAGCAAUUGACUCAGAAAUGCCCCCAAAUUAACAGUGACUCCUAAAUGCACCAAAAUUAACAGGACGUGACCCGUAAAUGCCCCAAAAUCAACAGGAAGUAACCCAAAAUAAACAGCAACUGACCCAGAAUACCCCCAAAUCAACAGUAAAUGCAACAAAAUUAACAAGAACCGAUGCAAAAUGAACUCAUCGCCUGCCAUUGACAAAGACAGACGUCCAAUUCACUUAAACCGGAAGGAACGGCUGUUUCAGUGCUAAACAAGUACGCGAGGUCAUGUGACUCUUGUCCACGACGACUUUUCAAGCUCUUAGUCAAUGUGGGAAAUGUGAAUAAAGUGCUAUAGAGUCAAAGAACAAUAGUACUGAUGUCUUUUCAGCCCAUGUCAAUUCCCAUUGGAAAGUACCAAAGUCUCCUUUUAACAAUUCUAAUACAGUUGUGGUCAAAAGUUUACAUACACUUGUGAAGAACAUAAUGUCAUGGCUCUCUUGAGUUUCCAGUUAUUUCUACAACUCUGAUUUUUCUCCGAUAGAGUGAUUGGAACAGAUACUUCUUUGUCACAAAAAACAUUCAUGAACUUUGGUUCUUUUAUGACUUUAUUAUCGAUUAACAGAAAAAGUGAUCAAAUCUGCUGGGUCAAAAAUACACAUACAUGGAUCUGAAAAGGUAACACUUUAUAAUAACUAUCCGUUUUACCAUUAGUAAACUGUUGAUAAAUGACUUAUUGUUGAUUUGUGAAGUAUUUGUUAACAGUUUGUUAAGCAUAUACAGGGUGUUUUUAACCUGAAACACAGUUUGUGUAGAAACGUUUCAAGUUUUUGUGUGUAACGUUUGGCAUUUCUAUCUUUUCAGGUUAAGAAAUGCCGUUCACUUCAAAAGAAGGCAUUUCGCAGGCAGCGCUCAUGUUGCACAUUUAUGAAAAUCUGCCAUAGAACCAACAAAUAUUUGUACUUUUCUUUGUAUAUUUAACCAAUAAAACUUCAACAUAAAGUGUAUAUAGUUUUAUUAAGAUCCAUCAACUAGCUUGGGCAUUUAGAAUGGGGUCAACCUUAUUGGAACACCCUGUAAAGGCUUAACAAAUUGUUAAAGCGAUCCUCUAGUUUUAAGACAAGUAAUUCUUAAAAGAUACAUCUUAGUAUGAGUUAUAAUAAUUUGACAUUAAAUCCCUCUUAAUGUUUUCGUUUUAAUAAAAUUUGUUAAAUUAUUUUAACUGAUUGUUCGCCAUGGUUGUUGACGUCGCAGUGCUGUGACGUCACAAAUCCCGCUGCCGGACUUCUCUCGACUUCAGCGUGUCAUUCAUUAGCAACAUCUCGUCAGUUCGUCCCUUCCAAUUUGAACCAGAGCGGAAAAGUGAAGAGCAGGACAGCACUGUCGGUCGUUCACAAGACGAGCAGCAAAGGCGAAAUGCAGAGCAAGAAAUACCUGAUGAGGCAAGAGUUGGGCUAAACUUCUGGUGUACUUGCGGCAAGUGCAUCUCGAUGACAACGGAGCGAGAGAGCGUAUGUUGUCGAGAACUCAGGUUUUUGUCAGCAGAUCUUCAAGGUGAGUUAUUGCGUCAUCAAACUCAUUCCAAUAUAAUUGUGUAGAUUGUUAGCAUCCGGAGCUGUCGUAUGCUUUACAUAGAGUACAGGCCAAAACACAUUGGCAUUCGUGCCUUUUUAUUUUCUUGACCAUUGACAUUAUAAACUCUCACUGAAGGCAAUAAAACUAUGAAUGUGUGGCGAGCUAGGGAAGGAUGCGGAGUAUCAAACCACGGAGCUAAUCCGCGUUGUUUUAUUGACAUUUAGGCUGCAAGAAAUAGCAAUGUCUGUCUGGCAUGCGACCCGCGGAAGGUAACAGUUAUUUCCAGCUGUUCCCUUCACAAAGUACCCCCCCCCCAACCACACAACGUGCCAACAUAAUUUCCGCCGGUGAAUUCUGUUAUAACUUGCUACAAAUGCACACGUGUGUAUUGUGUACUUAGAAAAAAGGUGAAAUAACUAAAAACGUGUGAUAUUCUAGUAUCUUCAAAGUAGCCACCCUUUUCUCUGAUUACUGUUUGGCACUCUUGCCAUUCUCGCGAUGAGCUUUCAGAGGGAGUCCCCUAAAAUGGAUUUUGACUUCACAUGUAUGCCAUUCCGGCGAUGAGAAUUUAUUGCUUUAUCAAUGGGGUUGGGACAUUUGUGUUGCAUUGAAUGAAUUGCAUUGGACGUGCUUUGAUCAGUUUGAGUGGCAGCAUCACUCAUAUUAGCUGAAUACUGAACACACACUGCCUGAUGAACUGACAGUAGAGGUGAAUUAUUAGCUUCCUCUGUGACUAGCGGUACGCCCGAAGGUUCGCCUCCCGCUGUAGCGACAGGAGCGGCUUGGGUGCUUAAGAGGGCGGCCAGAGUGUCUCGUCCGUCUCGCUUCAUUGCGCGCAUUUCACUCGAUAUCCGAGCAGGCUGAGGCUUCUUGUGCGGGAAAAUAGUUGCAACAGCAUUUGGUUUUAGUCUGCGCUUAUAUCUAGCCGCUCCGAUGAGAUCUUUCAUUAGUUGUCAUCUACUAAAAUCCUCAAACGCGGUAGGAGAAAAAUGGCGACAACAAAGCCUUGGUUGUUUGGGAAGAUUUGCUUGUCUACAGGCAUUUUCCCAAACCUUUCUCCUCUUCUUGUCAACAGGAAAUUUGUGGAGACUCGCAUCACUCUCCUUGUUUCCAUUUGACUCGAAAUUGCAUCCAUAAGCAGCACAUCGUGGCAUUUUACUUGGCCAGUUAAGCCAGUAAUACACAGUUGUUGUACACACGCUACACGAUUGGAAAAAUAUCAUCUACGUCAUCACUCCGCGCCCGCAGAACAUGGCGCCAACUAUCGGUCAAAAUAUGCACUAAAUAUUAUAAAAUAUUUCCAUUGAUUUAACAUUUUAUGUGUUUCUAACGACAUAUUUUAAUACAAGAGAACAAUUGUGAUUUAUUAGAGCCUACAUGUCUUUAAAAUCGAGGAUCACUUUAACAAAUACUUCACAAAUCAACAAUAAAUCAUUUAUCAACAGUUUACUAAUGAUCUAUUGACUAGUAAAACGGAUAGUUAUUAUAAAGUGUUACCUCUGAAAAAGUGAAUCAUUGACUUGAACAAUUCAGGAAAGUCACUUGGAGCCAUUUCAAAGCAGCUGCAGGUCCCAAGAGCAACAGUGCAAACUAUUGUUUGUAAGUAUAAAGUGCAUGGCACGGUUUUGUCACUGCCACGAUCAGGAAGAAAACGCAAGCUAUCACCUGCCGCUGAGAGAAAAUUGGUCAGGAGGGUGACGAUUCAACCGAGAAUCACCAAAAAGCAGAUCUGCCAAGAAUUAGAAGCUGCUGGAACACAGGUGUCCGUGUCCACAGUCAAGCGUGUUUUGCAUCUCCAUGGACUGAGAGGCUGCCGUGCAAGAAGGAAGCCCUUGCUCCAAAAGCGGCACCUUAAGGCUCGACUGAAGUUUGCUGCUGAUCACAUGGACAAAGAUAAGACCUUCUGGAGGAAAGUUCUGUGGUAAAAAUCGAGCUGUUUGGCCACAAUGCCCAGCAAUAUGUUUGGAGGAGAAAAGGUGAGGCCUUUAACCCCAAGAACACCAUGCCUACCGUCAAGCACGGUGGUGGUAGUAUUAUGCUGUGGGGCUGUUUUGCUGCCAAUGGAACUGGUGCUUUACAGAGAGUAAAUGGGAUAAUGAAGAAGGAGGAUUACCUUCAAAUUCUUCAAGAUAACCUAACGUCAUCAGCCCGAAGAUUGGGUCUUGGGCGCAGUUGGGUGUUCCAACAGGACAAUGACCCCAGACACACAUCAAAAGUGGUAAUGGAAUGGCUAAAUCAGGCUAGAAUUAAGGUUUUCAAAUGGCCUGACUUAAACCCCAUUGAGAACUUGUGGACAAUGCUGAAGAAACAAGUCCAUGUCAGAAAGCCAUCAAAUUUAACUGAACUGCACCAAUUCUGUCAAGAGGAGUGGUCAAAGAUUCAACCAGAAGCUUGUGGAUGGCUACCAA